AUGGCGUCUGCGGCAGCACCGAUUCUCGGUGUACUCGGUAGCUGUAUGGGAUGUAUGGUUUUUGUGGAGAACAUUGCCAAACAAGAGCCAGCCGCGAUGAACCUGAUGACGUUCUCCACGUUCUUGUUCAUCUCAUCCAUUGGACUCGUAUUCACAUCGAAAUUCUUCACAGUAAAAAAUCAAAUUCCAUUGGAAGGCUAUUUCAAAACUGUAAGCAUGUUCUUCAUCGUUAACGUCGUCAAUAAUCAGGCUCUCAAUUUCCAUGUGCCGGUUCCAUUGCAUAUUAUUUUCAGAUCGGGUUCCCUUCUUGCCACACUGAUUCUCUCCGUUGUUAUUGUCGGGAAAAGUUACUCGGCUCGCAAGUACAUCUCCGUAUUUGCCAUUACCGUUGGAAUCGUCAUCUGCACACUUGCCACGUCAUCUCAAGGAGAUUCAGGGCUUUCGAUGGAAGAAGCAUCGAAACACUAUAAAGAGUGGUCUAUUGGAAUUGCAAUGCUUACUUUCGCUCUUUUAGCUUCGGCAUACUUGGCUAUUUGCCAGCAACAAAUGUACGAGAAAUACGGAAAACAUCCCGAUGAGGCAAUGUUCAUUACGCACUUUGUGUCUCUCCCAUUCUUCCUUGUCAUGGGCGGUGACAUAGUCUCAGCUUCAACCAAGCUUAGCGCAAGUGCACCAUAUGCUUUGAUUCCCGGAGUUCCUUCUCUUUGGGUUGACUUGUUUGCUAGUUGUGUUCUUCAGUACGGAUGCAUCAAGUAUGUUUACCAACUGAAUUCUCGUGUUGAUUCACUGACGGUCACACUUGUCGUCACACUUCGUAAAUUCCUCUCACUGAUUGUUUCGAUUGUUUAUUUCAAAAAUCCAUUCACAGCUCAACACUGGGUUGGAGCAUUGCUCGUGUUCGCUGGAACCCUUGCAUUCGCUGAUAUCUGGGGAGGACAACCAGCCAAAAAACAGGAAGAGAAGAAAAAACAAUAG